AUGUCAAACAUUUUGGAUAAGCCAUUUGAAUCAGUGUUUGGGUAUAUUACUGUUUUACCUGGGGCUUUUUCCGCCUAUAGGUACAUUGCUCUCCAAAAUACUAAAAAUAAGAAAGAUAAGAAAGAAGGGGAGGAAGGCCCAAAUGAGAAAGAAGAAGAGGAAGGUCCAAAUGAGAAAGAAGAGGAGGAAGGCCCUCUAGCAUCUUAUUUUAAGGGUGAAAUUAAUGAUGAAAAAAAAGUUGAUAAAAAAGAAGAAAGCAUAUUUACUGCUAAUAUGUAUCUUGCUGAAGAUCGUAUUCUUUGUUUUGAAUUGGUUGCAAAACGUGACAGCUCUUGGUUAUUGCAUUAUGUUAAGUCAUCUCAAGCCGAAACAGAUGUGCCUGAAGAUAUUGCUGGACUGAUUAGUCAACGAAGACGUUGGUUAAACGGAUCCUUUUUUGCUAGUUUUCAUGCCAUUCUACAUUUCUAUUAUAUUUGGAGAAGUGGUCAUUCUAUAUCUCGUAAAAUAUUUUUGCAUAUUGAAAUGGC